AUGGCAUCUUCAGCCCAGGCCUCCACCUCCCUCGAAGAACUUCCAGCCCGACCUCCAACUCCUCCUCGAGAGUCCAUCAUAGACAAGACCGAUCCUAUGAAGGCCUCAGCCAAUCACCCAUUCGACCCGAGACUGAGCCUUCAGACACCGCCAGGUGCUAAUACCCCUACGUCGACCGGGGCAACCCCCUCGGGUUCGACUUCGAGACGGUCAAGGAAGAAGGUCGAAUGGUCAAGCCAUACCGAAUACAAAGAUCCCCCUGAUCUCGAAGCAUCGAGAUUCUUCAAGUCAUCGCCCAUCACCACACCUUCUGCCGCCUCUUCGAGACCCAUCAAGGGUAUCCUCAAGCCGUCGCCGUCCCCGAAUCCUCUGGCAUCCUCUCUUAAUGGUCAGCCCAACGGUCUUUCGCAUCAAGCUAGUAUCGCCGAAAUGUUGGACUCGACUAUAAAACAGCUCGCUGGUCCCGACCGAGACUCACGACUCGACGCUUAUAUGAUGCUCUCUCGUGCGCUCAAGGCAUCCAACAACUUGCCCGACAGAGUUGCUCUGCAAGGGAAGAUGAGCCUGUUCAUGUCUUUUAUCGAGCGCGACGUUAGAGCAAAGAACGAAAAAGGAACGGCUGACUCUUCUCUCGUCAACCAUGCCCUCAACCUUUUAACGACCUUUUUGCAUUUUCCCGCCAUCGCAUCGACUCUUACCUCCGACUUUGGUGUCUUCAUAAUCGACCACUGCAUUCGAUGUUUUUCUGACCCAGCCCUACCGAAAGAUCUGGCACGCCAUCUUAUGCAAGUAGCUGCUUUCCAGUCCUUCUCUUCCAAAGUCAUGUCUUCUGAUCGAGUUGGCCGGUUAAUCACGUCCUUGCACAAUAUCGAAAACCACUUGACUGGAAAGAGUAUCAUUAUGGGUCGCAUUCAGAUAUACAAAAGACUCAUAAAACAAUCUAGAGUCCACAUGGCCGUUUACACAGACUGGCUGAAGGAUAUGUUUACAGACAUGCUCAGCACAGUUCGAGACAUUAGAGCUCAAGCCAUCAGCCUGGGAACAGAAGCUGGUUUUGCGCUACGAAACGAGAAGAAUGUGAUGCGCAAAGUGACAGAGAUUCUUCAAUCACCGGACGGCAAGACAACAUAUAUUCAGUUCUACAUCCGCAAGCUUGAGGAGAUGUUCAAGGAAAAGGAAACCGCAUCUAUAGUCCCGCAGAUAUGGAGUGUUGUGACGUUUUAUCUACAAUGUCCUAUCAGCCGAUGGGUGCACUUUGGACCGUGGUUCAAGCUUGCACAGGACUCCUUCAACGCGGCCGAUUUACACACCAAGCAGGAGGCUAACUACGCAUGGAACAGAUAUGUCUAUCUGUCCAUCACUAACAAUAAAAUGGGGGCCAAAUCUUUGGGUCCCCUCGGACAGCCAUUGACAAGUCAAUUGCGCCGCAAAAUCACCUCAAAGCAAUCGGAAGAGGCAUUGAAGCUGCGAAGAACAGUCUUGGGCGGUGUCUGUAACCUCUACUACUACGCCUUCCGGCCUAAUAACGAUAUGUCAUGGACUGACUCAGCUUGGGAUCUUGUCCUUCAACCUCUUAUGGGACAACUCCUUAAUCUCGAUGGUGCAAGUGAGCCGCUCGCGGAUUCAGUAACCCAAGCGUCGCGCAUCGUGGCCGGACUGUUGGAUGUCUCUACCCCAAGAGGUUGGAAAGAUGAUCGCAUCAGAGACACUGCCCUAAUAAGCCCCGAAGAGCUGCCCUCGAUCGAUCCAAGGUGGACUCGCCGCAACUCGGAGAGAGUAUUUGGUCUCGUUAGUCCAAUUUUGAAGAGAAAAUUCACCGAUUUAGCCAAUCCCGAAAGUUUGACCUACAGGCUUUGGCAAGCCUUCGUCGGCUCCAUUGCUGUCGCCUCGGCAAAGGAUAUCAAGGUGGCAGAUGAGACCGCUCGUUUCAUAGCCCAUUCUUUCGAUUUGCUGUCCGACAUCUGGACCAAGGGAAUACCCGAGGAAUCCGAGUCUGGCACAAAAUUCCUUUCCAGCGUCCAGCACUAUGUCGAAGUCCUCGUUCGCAGUCUUGGCCUGCUUUCCUUCACGGAAAAGAAACUAUCCAUGUCGACUACUAAUACGUUUGAGCCUGCUGCGACACCCUCAACCCGGCUCGACCGAACCGACAUGUCAAACGGCGUCGUUCAAACUCCACUACUGCAUCUCUUCUCGAUGCUCAGCUCCAAGCCUCAAGGAGUAGCCGACGACGAUAACCUUGCCGAGUGCUUCCUGUCUAUUUUUGCGCCAUUCUUCCAUGACAAGCCUACUAGAACUCGUAUCGAACUUGCGCGGGAAAUGCUUCGCCUUCUGCCGCGGGACGUUCUUUCGCCUUACGGCCCCUGGAUUCUCGCCGCUCAGAACAUCGGCUCCAUUUUGGAUCAAAACACAGUCCCAUCGAGCUCCCACCCGCCUAGCAGCGACAAGCUACUCGGACCCGAAUACCGAGAAAUCGUCUCCCUCCUGGAACGAGGACUUGUUUCGCACCCCAGUCUUCCAGAAGAACGGUGGUUCUCCCUUUUCAACCUUCUAUCGAAUCACAUUGUUCAAGAGUGUGGAGAUGCUGGCCGAGCACUUGGUCUUGUUGAGCCACUGGCAAAGAUUGUUACUGACAACUUCUUCGAAGAGUCUGACAGAUCAAAUGGAACGGCUUUGUCAGUAGCAAUCGCGUUAUUCGCCGCUGCAAAGUUGCCCCGUGAUCGCCAGGCUGUCGAGGCUGCUAGACGACGACUUUGGGGUGCUCCUCCAACUGCAUCACGAUCAUCCUCAUUCGACCCAUUCCAAUAUCUUUACCAGCUGCAAAACCAAAGCAUGAAAUUCUUUUAUGACAACGAGACUGAGGGUGUAGACGAGAAAAUGGUGGCUUAUUUCAAGGCCCUCGACACAUUUACCGCCACUGCCUUUUCACAGAACGGCAUCAAAACUCUACCGAAGCUCCAACUAGGGAUUUCUCAUUGGAUUCAGGAUGAAAAAGCGCACAAAGGUUUGCGCAGUGGCUCUCCUGUUUCUGAACCACUACGAUCUCUCUGGGACAACAUCUGCGCUCAAUUUUUGACGCUUGGCCGACUGGAAAAGAAGGAUCUUGACACAAUUGAGCCACUGAUUUCUGCUGCUUUCAGGAGUAAACAUCGCCACAUCGUGAACAAGAUGGCGGAGACGUGGAACGCCUUGGUGAAGGAUGAGGAGAGCCUGGACUGCUCUGAGAGUCUCAAGUCAAUCAUAGCCUCUCUUCGUCCGACCGUUGAUGUUCUCUACCCUGGCAUGGAAGAGUCCAUUGGUGACUUUGGAGCUCAGGUUCAGUCGUUCGUGGACUCGCAAGACGACCUGAGUUUCAUGGCGCUCUCUUCGGCCAAGUCUACCGGACCAGAUGUCGAGAAAGCAGUUUCACCAGCACCGUCUAUGACACCAAUGAGCAUGAGAGGUCCACUGACACGAAAGCGCCGCAGAGAUGCUACUCCUGAGUCGGUGAAGACAAGAUCAUCCAAACGAACAACCACCCCUCGUCUCCGCCAUGACGACUCUCAGAUUCAAUUUGCUCCAAUUGUUUCAUCACCACUAGUUGGAGAGUCUCAGCAUCUCACAGAGAGACAGAUGGAAGUUCGCCAACGGCAAGAGGAGAAUGCAGGCCUCUAUUCUGACAUUCGAUCCAGUCCCCGGCCAAGAUCGCAGGCUGCUACUGAGGAGAAACCCAAUGAUUCCGAGGCUCAGAAACCUAGAAAUCUCGAGACUACCCCUGAACGAAAAGCAUCAUACGAAGAGUUCAUUACUUCAACACCAACUCCUCGACGGGGUCUAGCUCUGCACAUUGAGGGCAUCAACGACCCCCCUUCGUCACCUCCGGAGCCGAGACGCAACCCUCUAUUAUCGGAAAUACAAACUCGAUCGAAAGCUAGGGACUCGAUGGAGAGUUGGCAAUUUUCGUCACCACCAGGAUCGCCUGCCAUUGACCUGCAGGCCGUGGAAACUCGACCAGAAGCAGAAACCCCGACGAAGAGCAACUCAUCGGCUAAGAACAAGCGCUCUAAGCGACGCGGAAGAAAGUCAGGAUCUUCAAAGAAGCAUGAAACUAUACCCUCUAGUCUUGCAGGCCAAGGAGAGAUGGAAGACGAGAGCGUGUUACCGGACGUACCCCUGACGCAGAAUAUGGAAGAGGCGGAAGAAGACAAAAACAAAUCGCCCAUCCACAACCAAGUGGAAAGCCCCCAACAGCCAGAGCACCUUCAAGAAACACCAAAAUCUGGAGACGAUGAGUUUGUGGAUGCCCAAACAAGCCCUAUCGGUGUGAAAAACAACGCAGCACCCUCAGUUGACCAGAAGCAGGCGCCCAGCCAGAACCAUGAAUCCUCUUUUGCGCUCAGUGAAGGAGACGAGAGCAGCUUCAUGCGGUUCGUAGUGGAGUUUGAAUCAAGGCCGCACCAUGACCGCGAACAGUUCGAAUCUGUCUCUGUUUCUCCCGAGAAUAAGAAGAAUAACAAUAAAAAGCGUGUGUCUCCGGCAGAGGUUCAGGGCAACACUUCGUUUGGAGAAGAACAGGUGAUCACCAAACAACCCUCGCCAGCCGACGUUGUUCCUUCUACACCUGUAGAUGCAGGUUCAGAGAACUCCGAACUCCCGUCUACAAAUAUCCGAAGAAGCAAGAGGAAGAGGAAUCGAACUGAUCAUUCCGUUGAGACUCGCAGCAAAAGGAGACGGUCUACCAAUCUGACAGGAGGAGAAAAGCCUGAGGACAAUCAGCCAACGUCUCAGGAACCAAACUCGCCUAUACCAACCGUACGACGCUCAUCAAGACGAAACGCAGGACUGAAAGCCAAGGAACUGCGAAAUCAAAAGGCUCAGGCGUCACCAACCACGAAAACAAAACGAUUGUCCGCGUCCCAAGCGCUACAGACGUCAAGCCCUAACGAUGGACGGGAUGGCGGAGACACGGAUGAGGAAUUGAUGUCACAACUCGUGACAGAGUCCAUGGCAGCCUCUCAGAGUCAGGAUCUGGAUGUCAAAAUUCCUGAUGCACUUGUUGAAGACUCUAUGGAAGUUAUGUCAGUCGAUGAGGCAGCGGCCAUGGAAGAGCCUGCUACAGAGGACCGCGAGGGCUCUGUGGAAGAGGCCCAAGACGCAGCAGCUGAGCAAGACGAAACAGAGGAGGAAGUCUCGACUGAUGUCAAGUCGGAGUUGAUCAUGGAGACCUUGCGUGGCGGACUGAAGCAACUACAGGGGGCAGCACUAUCUCGUGACGAAGUAUACCGAUUGGAGGAUAUGUUGAUGGAUAUGAAGAGAGAACUCUUCGAAGCUGAACGAAGAGGAAGACUUUGA